UUUUCUUUACGUCUUUCUUUAGGUAUGUGGGUAGUGUGGUUUGGGAGUGUGGGUUUAUCUUAUCUCUGUCUAGGUCUUCUCGUUAUUAGAUCUCCUUUAAGGCCCUUUUUCUUUACGUCACUCUUUAGGUAUGCGGGUAGUGUGGGUUGGGAGUGCGAGUUUAUCAUAUCUCUGUCUAGGUCUUCUCGUUAUUAGAUCUCCUUUAAGGCCCUUUUUCUUUACGUCUCUCUUUAGGUUUAUCAUAUCUCUGUCUAGGUCUUCUAGGUCUUCUAGGUCUUCUAGGUCUUUUUCUUUUAGGCCCUUUCUUUACGUCUUCCUUUCAUACAAAUUCUGUAUUGCCCGGAACCUUAUAUUACCAAUCCACAAGAUAAGCAUAAAUCGAUUUAUAAUAUUUUUUCUUUCUUGAACAUUAACUCUGACAGUAUUUUUUAAUUUAUAAGCACAUAUAAUUAAUUUCACUAUUUUAU